AUGGUUUCAUUCUGGCCCUUCAAGGGUCACGACGCGACAUCGGCAGCGUCAUUCGAAAAGCUGCUGUCUUCCCUCUCAUCCAAGAUUAACAAAGAGAGCGCCCGCAACGAUCGUCUACACCAGCGACAACGCCGUUACAAAGUGCUAUGGACUCUGUACACCACAUUUGCCUACCUCCUCGCUGCAACCAUCCUCAUUCUGGUCACCGGCUUACCGAACUGCACUGCUAUCGAGUACACUGGCCUGGCCGCAUCACCUCUGCUUAUCUAUGCUGUCAGAACUGGCCUUGACGCAUACUUCAACUACCGCCUCGCUUCAAGCCAGUCAUACCUCAACCAUCUGAACAAACAACGCGACGAUGCUAUCUCCAAGCUCAAGGAAGCCACAAAAUACAACACUACCCAGCAGCUGCUGGACAAGUAUGGCGGCUCUACUCCCACAAAGUCGCCCCAGCAGAAGUCGAGACAGGCACAAGACACUCCUACCAAGAAGCAACCUAUUCCUGUCAAGCGAACUGGUCUACCUCCUCCGCCUACCGCGAACAUCCCAGGACGCCAGCUACCUCCCUCUUUUCAACCUAUGACUCCUCCUCAACAGCAAAACGCUCAGUUCCAACCUCUCCCUCCGCAACCUCAACAACCUCAACGCGAUCCAAACGCCGAGUUCGCCCCCAACGCCUUCACAGCACCCACUCCACGCGAUCAAAACCCCUACGCUUCAUCUGGCUCGCGCUGGUACGACAGAAUCCUAGACGUUGUUCUCGGUGACGACGAAACCCUACCCAAGAACCGCAUCGUGCUGUUGUGUCGCAAAUGUCGCUUGGUAAAUGGUCAAGCUCCUCCAGGCACACGCUCCUUGGAAGACUUGGGUACAUGGAGAUGCAAGGAAUGCCAUGCCCUCAAUGGACAAGAAUCAGAAGCCAAAGCAAUGAUUAGAGAGAUUGCCGAGGAGUCUACUGUCCCUGAAGGAGGAAAAGAAAUGCAAGAAGUCAGAGGAGCUGAGAAGAUGAGUGAAGAAGAUGGCGAAGAUCAAGAACAGGAAGAAGAUGAAGAUGAAGUUGUGUCUGCUCCUGCCACGUCUACUAGAAGUAAAGUCAGGCAACGCAAGAAGUAG